AUGCCUGUUUGCGCCUCUCCGUUUCAGCCCGUUACGCUUCCAUGCGCUCGCCAGGCCAUCGUCCUGUGCGGGCUUCAUCGCGCUGCAUCGCGCUCCACCACGCCUGAGCCACCACGCCAGCGAGGCAUCUCCGACGCAGGGUGUCUCCCACACCACGCCAGAUCUAGCACGGCUGAACCACCCAGCGUCUCCCGCCUGACGGCACUCGUAAUGGAAGCAGCCUCCUUACGUCACUACUCACUGCUGAUCACCCUACCAGGGUCUUCCCCUGCCGUGUAA